AACAUUCACAGCUUAAAAUCUCGUUACACAACGAAAAGUUGUUAGCCUAGAGAAUUGUUAUUGCUAUAUCAAGGAGAUUCAUUUUGCCAACCUAAUCAGCAAUUUCUACACUAACCCAGAUAAAUGUCACUGUCACAAAAUUUGAUUUUAAAAAAUGUUUGGAUUUAAUCACAGAUUAUUAGGUACAUCACAUUUGAUUUUUUAUCUUUUACGUGUUUACUCGAAAUAUGACAAACAGACGUAAGAGAUAAAUAUGAUGCAAGAAAUCUCCUGAUAAAUCGAAAAAAAUCUGAUAUACCUACGAAUACGAAAAUAUUGCAAUAUUAUUUUGAAUUUUAAUAAUAUUCUCAUUAUAUUCAUGGUGAAAGCCUGAUAACCUUGGAGCAGGUUCAUGCUUAUUUCAGUUCUUUGUGUCAGUUUUUACUCGAUAUCAACAGUCGUUCCAAAAUUAAUAAAACUGUUGGGAGGCGAUUUCGAGUUUGAAAGUGAGGUUACAUAGUAAAAGAUGCUGAAAUCCUACAGUGUAUUCGGCACAAACAGUAAUUUUAGGACAAUUUUCACGUUCAAAGCGCGUCACACUAGGCAAAAUGUUAUUAAGGUGAUAUCCGCUAACUAUGCCUCAAUUGCAAGAGAUAAAGUCACUUCACCAGAAGAUGCUGUGAAAGACAUCACAGAUGGGGUGAAACUCUUAGUAGGAGGCUUUGGCCUAUGCGGUAUUCCCGAAAAUCUUAUAGGAGCCCUAUGUAAGCAUCAGGCUAAAGACUUCAUAGUUGUAUCUAACAAUGCAGGUGUAGACAACUGGGGGCUGGGUUUGUUAUUGAAGCAGAAGAAAAUAAAAAGAAUGAUUUCUUCUUAUGUUGGCGAGAAUGCAGAAUUUGAAAGGCAGUACCUGUCUGGGGAGCUAGAAGUUGAACUCACACCUCAGGGCACGUUAGCAGAGAGGGUUCGAGCAGGAGGUGCUGGAAUCCCAGCCUUUUUUACCCCAACCGCUUAUGGUACCCUAGUGCAUGAAGGUGGAGCCCCCAUUAAAUAUGACAAAAAUGGGAAGGUUGAGAUUGCAAGCUCUCCAAGACAACAGCAGAUGUUCUACGGGAAAAACUAUAUUAUGGAAGAAGCCAUAACUGGGGAUUUUGCCUUGAUUAAGGCAUGGAAGGCUGAUAGGGCUGGUAACUGUUUGUUUAGGAAAUCGGCGAGGAAUUUUAAUCCUCCAAUGGCACGAGCUGCAAAAACAACAAUAGUAGAAGUUGAAGAAAUUGUGAAAAUAGGUGAUAUAGAUCCAGAUCAAGUACAUUUACCAGGGAUAUUUGUGGAUAGGAUAGUAAAAGGUGAAAAGUUUGAGAGGAGGAUCGAAAAAGUGACAGUACAAAAAUUGUCAGACAGCAAAGAUUCUAUAGUGAAGAAAAACCCAGCUGCAGAACGAAGAGAAAGAAUAGUUAGGCGAGUGGCUCUUGAGUUCAGAGAUGGCAUGUAUGCAAAUCUAGGCAUAGGCAUGCCAAUGUUAGCCUCAAACUACAUCCCAGAAAAGAUGGAAGUGUUCCUGCAAUCAGAAAAUGGUAUCCUGGGUCUUGGACCGUUCCCGUUGCCAGACUGUAUAGAUUCAGAACUAAUCAAUGCUGGUAAAGAAACAGUCACGGUGGUUCCAGGGGCUUCGUUCUUCUCUAGUGAUGACAGUUUUGCCAUGAUUAGAGGAGGCCAUAUUGACUUGACUAUUUUAGGAGCCAUGGAAGUGUCACAGUAUGGAGAUCUGGCAAACUGGAUGAUACCUGGUAAGCUGGUGAAAGGUAUGGGUGGCGCAAUGGACCUUGUUUCCGCUCCUGGUACCAAGGUGAUAGUCUGCAUGGAACAUACAGCGAAAGACGGAAGUCACAAGAUUCUAGAGGACUGUACACUGCCGCUCACCGGACAGAAAUGCGUCAAUAUGAUCAUCACUGAAAAAGGAGUGUUCGAAGUUCAUCCUGAAAACGGAUGUGGAGGAGGAGUUGGUGUUUAUUUAAGGGAUUCACUGAGAGGUUUGAAGUUGAUAGAGCUGGCGGAAGGUGUAGGCAUUGAAGAUGUUUUGGCAUCAACUGGCUGUAACUUCGAAGUUGCGGAGACUUUGAAACCAAUGGGUCAAAUUGCAGUCCAAUAAUCUCAAAUAUAUGGGUAUUUUUAUUUAAUAAUUAUGUAUUUUUGAGUCUUCGGCGUCGUUUCAAUUGCUUUUGGUUUACAUUGAUUCAAAAAGCAAACUGGUGCGAGUGAAGAACGUGAACAUCAACAUCUCGGAACUUUGUGACGAGUCAAACAUGUUGUAUAUCUCGAAAUAUCAUUGAUUUGCAUUUUGAAAUGACUAAAGUACUGCUACUAGGUUUUAAGCAAAAAAUUAUGUGAUAUCCCUCCUGAUAAAGAUUUAAUAAAACACUAUUUCUACCGUUA